AACAUUGACCACAUGUGUUUAUAAAAAGUAGAUAGUAAUUGUGUUUUUACUCUAAAAAAUAUACUAAUAAAAACAAUAAAAUACUGUAAAUAAUUUUUAAUUAAUUAAAAAAACAAAUAAAAUAUUAACAAUGAUUGCAUUAGAUACAUUAACAAAAAUUGGCAAAUCACCAAAACGACAAAAAGUUGAAGAAAUAGUUAAAAAUGAUGAAGAAGAUGAAGAAAGUAAUGUAGAAGAAGAUUCAGAUAAUGAUGAUGAAUCAGGCAAUGAAAAUGAUGAAGAAAAUGAGGUAAAUGAUGAACAAGAAGAGUCUGACAAUGCUGAUGAAUCAAAUGAUGAUAAUGAUGAUGGUGAUGAUGAAUCAAAUGAUGAUGAUGAUGAUGAUGAUGAUGCUAAAGAAGAAUCUGACAAUGAUGAUGAAGAAAAUCAUAAUGCUGAUGAUGCUGAUGAUGAAAAUAUGCAAAGUGAUGAUGAUGAUGAUGAAUCAAAAAAAACUGGAAAUGCUGGAUGGGCUGAUGUUAUGCAAAAAAUAUUAAAAGCAACCAAGCCAAAAAAAAAGAAAACACUUGUAUUAUCACGUGCUAAAAAAAUAUCAGAAAUAGUACCAAAAAUAAUUGAUGACAAAGCAACAGUUGAUGUUGUUGAUACAGAUGGUAAAAUUAAAAAAGUAAUAAAAGAUGAAAAAAAUGUUAAAACAAUAGCAGUACCAGUUGUUGAAAAUAAACUUAAAAGAAAAAAAAAAGAUCCAAAUUUAACUGCACGUGUUAAGCCAUCAGUUUUAGACAGAGACAGAGAAAAAACACUUCAAAAAAUUGCAACAAAAGGUGUUGUACAGUUAUUUAAUGCUGUUAAACAACAACAAGCAGAAAUACAAAAUAAAUUAGUUGAUGCUGGACCAAUUGAACGUAAACGUGAAAAAGUAUUAAAAAAUAUUGAUAAAAAUGCAUUUUUAGAUGUACUUAUGGGUGGUACUAAGUCAAUUAAAGUUGAUGAUAAACAAGUAGCAGCAAAAAAAGAAGAAAUUGUUGAGAAAAAAGCUGAAAAUGUUUGGAGUGUAUUGAGAGACGAUUUUGCUAUGGGAGCUAAUCUCAAAGAUUGGGAUAAAAAUGCACCAGAAGAUGAUGAUGAUUCAUCAGCACCAGAAGCCAUGGAUUCAGACUAAUUACUUGUUAAAUUUUUUUGUUUUUUUUUCUUUUAAUUGAG